GCAAGUUGUACCACUGUCUCUAUAGCUUCACCGGAUUCUGAGGGCUGCUCAUCUUUUUCAUGAGGUCGAUCGUACACGAUUUCUUGUUCGUCAUAGGCAUUCGGUUUGUUAUAAAUGGGUGGGGAAUCAAUAGUGUCUGGUUUUUGGAAAUGUUCACUUGUGGUGCUGGUGGUAUCGGUCAUGAAUGUUGAAAAAGAAAGAACCAGAGAAAAAAAGUCAAGCAGUUGUAUGCACAGCAGGUUUUGCCCUAGGAGACUGCGCUCUUCGGUUUUCAUGGUUGCACCAGCAACGACUAUACUAAAAGGUUGUGUUGCCCGACAGACACACCACUUGUACUAACAUUGUGUGUGUGGCGGUUUAAUGAGCCACGUGACUAGUCUUUAUCAUAGAAGAGAUAUGAAUCGCGUGUACGCAUGUGGGGCGAUGCCUUCCGCCGCGUUCUUUUUCAGUUACCAGUCAGGUAUCUCCUCUCAGUUUUACCGAUUGCCGGAGACGUGGUGGGUUUCAUGCAUCUUUUGAGCGGUCUGAGUCAAUUUCAGAAUAAAAUUCCAGUCCAAUACGAAAGGUUUCAACCUCUUUUCGCAUACAACCCAAUCAACAAGUUAUCGUUAAUAAUGACCAUUGUAGAAUCUACAGAUAUUACAAAUAACCCAACGACCAAGUUUGUCAUCAUGGAUCCUCUUAUCCAUGACCAAAAGGUUUCCAUUCAUCACUGGCAAUUACGGGAUUUGAUAAUGCAGCCAGAUGAUCCUCAGUUCAAACAUGAAUUGAUCGUACCAGUCGACCAAGACGUGCAUAGAUAUGAUUAUACCACACGACGUCAGCGAUAUUUCUUACAGGGAUUAGGAUACCAUGCCACCUGCAUGGCCACAGGAUUCGGUUACUGGGCAGCAGGAGGACAGCGUGGCGAUUUGACAGUGAAGGAUCUCCAUUCCGAUUACGAAGUGAGCAUCACCACCUCACCGAAUAGUACGAUCAAUAACGGGCUCUGUUUCUCGAAAGUGAAUAACGAGACACGUUUAAUUGUUUCGAACAAUGACGCAACGAUUCGAAUAUUCUCAAUACCAAGUUUGCAAUUGCUUCAAACAAUACCGUUUAGUGUAGCGGUCAACCAUACAUCUGUGAGCCCCGACGGACGGAAAAUGAUUGUCGUCGGUGAUGACAAAAAGGUCCACUUGUUUGCUGUUACACCAGGUGGUCGCUAUGAUGCAGUGGCUACCAUGGCAGCAUCAAAGGAUGCAAAUUUUUCAGUGUCAUGGACAAGUAACUCGGACAAGUUUGCUGUGGCAAGUCAGGAUGGCUCUGUACAUGUUUGGGAUAUCAGGAAUCGGGAGCCUCUUCAUUGUUUCACCGGUGUCGGCAAUCCAUCGAUCACAAAGGGAGCAGUAAGAUCCGUGAAGUUCACGCAGUCUAGAGCCGUUGAUUUGCUUGCGUACGCAGAGCAUGUUUCGCAUGUACAUAUCGUGGAUGCCAGAACAUUUGACACACAACAGACAAUACGAGUAGGACCCGCAGGCCAAGACACGCCAAUAACGGGUCUUGAGUUUUCGCGCGAUAGUCAAAAGAUGUUUGUUGGGGUGGACAAUGCCAUUCUAGAGUAUGACAUUGAUACUGCAAGUAGACGAAGGUUUCCACAAGGCGCAUUGCUCUGAAAAAAGCCAUAUAUUUUUUAAUUUUUAUUACCAUUAUUAUUCAUAAUUAAUGUAUU